AUGCAGGCGAAUGACGCAGAGAGAGGGCCAGGCUUCAACGAUGACAGACAAAUGUUUCCUAUCCGCUUGUUCCUACGAUGGAUAUUCGGCUACGGCGAUAAAAACGAAGAAUGCCCGUCAACUUGUAGAGUUGCGCCGUGGCCGAGCGUACAGCCCACAACGUCAUUUUGCAAGCCAGAGUAUUCCUUGAAGCGCAUACGAUUCAUGAGCAUCGACAUCGACGAGCUAGUGAAGAAAAAUGGCGUCGUGCAGAGCUUCCACAUUGGUGUGUCGACUUUGGACAUGCAGACGUUGCAACAGAUGGUGUCUUGUGGCCGAAAUUCCACUGACGUCGAGGGACAAGUGGAACAACUCAUCAAAUCACAUCACUGGAUCGUUGAAGACGCCGAAUAUUAUCUUCGCGGAAGGGGCAAUGUCUUCUUCUUCAACAAGCCCACUCGCAUGGCCGCAGCGCCUCCUGACCGCGCUGGAAUCUCUCGGCACGUCACCGCCGUGAACCGUCUGCCGCUUGAUGGAAGAUCCAGAAAACUGGCGUUCGGCUUGUGCAAUUGUCGGCGUUGCUACAGCCGCAAUUUGGCAGUUUGGAACAACGGUCAAGUGGUCAGCGAUCCAGGCGACGUGGUCAUCCAGCCUCACGCAGCUCGUAUCAAAGCCACUGAUGUGAAGAAAGUCGCCGGCACCAUGAGGGUGCUUAAGAACUUGCAAGUAAAGAUCCAUGAUCUCAAAGCUUCCUGA